AUCUGUCUGCAUACGGACACACCGCCACAGUAAAGAGGAUAUAUAUACGCAUGAAUCCCAGCUCUUCUGCUCAACAUUUCAACUUUCCCCCACACACCAAAAUGAACAGCUUUGAAGAGGAGAAUCUAUACCCGUACCAAAUGUUCGAUGACUCGGAAUCAGCACCACAGACACCCCUUUUAUCCGAUACCUCUAAUUUUCUCUCUCACCAUCAAACCAAAUAUUACAUCUUACAGGAGAUUGUGGAAAGCGGGACAAAAGCAGAAGCUGAUGUUGUUGGGAGAGUGGUAAAGCAUUUGAGGAAGAAGUUGGUUGAUGAUGGGUUGAUGAAGAAGUGGGUUGUGGAGAACUUGAGAAAGGAUGGGUAUAAUGCUGCUUUGUGUCACUCGUGUUGGCCUACUACGCUCAAUUGCCCUGGUGGUGAGCAUGAGUACAUAGAGAUAACACGCCAAGCCAAAAAGGGAUCAAGUGGAUUGAGGUUGAUAGUGGACAUAGAUUUCAAGUCACAGUUCGAGCUGGCGAGGCCAACGCCAAACUACAAAGACCUCUGCGACGUUCUCCCCACGAUCUUCGUAGGAGACGAGCAGAAGCUGAACAACAUCAUCACCAUUCUCUGCGGUGAGGCGGAGAAAUCAUUCCGCGAAAGAGGUCUCCACGUGCCGCCAUGGCGAACGCCCCACUACAUGCAGUUGAAGUGGUUUCCUCCCCCUCAGAACCCGCCUCCCCAGCUCUCCCUCGGACGACGAGUUCGUGCAGAAAACAGAGCAGUAGAAGCCGGUGAUCGUGCAGUUGUUGCAGCUGAAUUCUUGAGUGAUAGGAGGAAGUAUCUUGGAAUUGAUCAGUGUGGUUUGUCCGGUCAAUUUUCUGCUAUGAGGAUGGAGUGCAGCUGAAAUCGUGGUAACUUAGUUCCGACUUCUGUUUCUAGGGAGGUUUGAGUACUAAUUUGGAGGUAGAUGGCCUUUUUUUGCUAACACGAUUUUGUAGAUUCAGAGUCGACCCUUUUUGGCACUUGCAGUGACUUGGUGAUUGAGUUGGAAGUUGAAAUAUAUUUACCUGAA